AUGCAUGAUCUGACUCUCUUACAGCACUAUAUUUUACACACUUCGAAAGAACUGAGCUUGAAUCCUGGCAAAGCAUUGAUCUGGGGGCGUGUUAGUCCAGAUAUCGCUGACAAGAACGCCUUUCUGAUGCACUUACUUAUUGCGCUUGCUGGCGUGGAUAUCCUGACAACCCAGCAACCAAACGAGCAAAUGCAUGCGAACUUGGACGCAGCCAAGCUUCAAACUCUGGUUGAGCAUCAUCAAAUGGGUCUCCAAGGUCUCCAGGAGCAACUAGCUGCUGUUAAGCAUACGAAUGCGGAAGUUUUAUUUGCUGGAUCCAUGUGA